CGACUUAAGAGUCAGUAUAAGAGAACACAUCAGCGCGCGCGCACGUUUUAUAUAAAAAUAUGACGUGUGUAAAGUUGUUACUGUGUCUGUCGUUUGCGGUAUUGGUGAGCAGCCAAGGUCCAAACCCAACUGUCAGAAUCGGAAAUGGUUUAUUGCAAGGUAUAUGGAAGGUUUCGACAAAUGGUCGUACAUUUGCAAGCUUCAAUGGGAUCCCGUACGCUCGUCCACCGCUUGGCAAAUACAGAUUCAGGGAGCCACAGCAAAUGAAGCCUUGGUCUGGAGUCUGGGACGCCUCUCGGCCUCUUUCAAGUUGCUUGCAAUAUGAACCGUUUCUCAAAACCAUCACUGGUAGCGAAGAUUGCUUGUUCAUAAACGUUCACACUCCUAAGCUGAGCUCUGCGGCCUUAUUGCCAGUGUUGGUGUACAUACAUGGUGGUGCGUUUAUGUAUGGUUCCGGAUCGUUGUACGAAGCAUCGCAUUUAUUAGAUUGGGAUAUGGUAGUAGUUACUUUAAACUACCGUCUUGGACCUCUAGGAUUCCUCAGUACGGGUGACGAGGUAAUUCCUGGCAAUGCUGGGUUAAAAGACCAAGCCUUCGCCCUAAAGUGGGUUAGAGACAACAUCAUGAUGUUCGGCGGAGACCCCCAAAGCGUCACACUCACCGGCUGCUCUGCUGGCGGCGCGAGUGUACACUACCACUACAUAUCACCGCUUUCUGAAGGCACAUUCCAUCGAGGUAUUGCCUUCAGUGGAUCAGCCUUCGCGUCAUGGACCCAUGCAUUGAAACCAGCGCAAAAAGCGAAGACUCUAGCCACCAUUGUUGGUUGUCCUACAGGCAACAGUCGGGAGAUGGCUGACUGUCUUAAAUAUCGACCAGGCGAAGUCAUCGUUAAUGCCCAAAUAGAAAUGAUGGAUUGGAAAGUGCACAUGUUCACGCCAUUUACACCAACCAUCGAGGCUCCCGGUACACGGGACCCAUUCCUGAGUCAUUACCCAUACAUAGCAAGCCAGGCUGGAUACAUGAAACCAGUUCCUCUCAUCACCUCAGUCACGUCUGAGGAAGGAUUGUAUCCCGCUGCAGCUUAUCAAACGGAUCCUACCCUUAUACCGGAGUUAGAAUCGAGAUGGGAAUACCUUGCUUCGAAUAUCUUUGAAUACAACGACACCCUUCCAAUGGAAUUGAGAUCUACCGUCGCGAGAAAGAUCAAACAGCACUACUUGGGUGGCAAGCCUGUCAACCAAGAUACUUUCCCACAGUUAGUUCAAGCCCUCGGAGAUCGUCUCUUCGUGGUGCACGUUGGAAAAUUGGCUCAAAUCCACGCCCAACGUUCUCACCAGCCAACUUACUUGUACCGUUAUUCGUAUCGUGGACAAUACAGUUUGUCAAAUUUAAUGGCCAACAACGAUAAUAACUACGGUGUGAGCCAUGCGGAUGACGUAUUAGCAGUUUUCAUGUAUAUACUCAGCGAGAACAAUGACGACGCCAACAUGAGGAACAAACUUAUUGACAUCAUCUACAGUUACAUGACAACAGGAGUACCAAAAAUAGCGAACGGACCAGAAUGGUUACAAGUGAAGCCAGGCGCACCUGAAUUGAACUACCUCGAAAUAGCCGGACCGAACAAAAUAGAAAUGAAGACGAGCUCCGAUUUCGGUCAAACUAAAUUCUGGGACAGUCUUGGAUUUGUCGAGAAUGAAAUGUUCGAUGCUAAUAUUAAAGAUGAAUUGUAGUGUAAACUCCUUUUACAGAAAAGAGCAUCUUUUAAUUUUUAUUUCCAAAACAUUGUUUAUUAAUAAUUCUAAUAGAUUAUUAUAUACAUUUAAUACAUCAAUAAACUAAGUUUUAUUUGCUAAAUUUGAACCACAUUUGGCAUAUUUGCCGAGCAAGCAUGCUUUUAGCGAGCUCGUACUAAACGAUACCACAUGCAUAGACUUGAAAAAGCACGGUAAUGCGAGACAAUAAGCUUUGAUUUAUAAUAGUUAUGUCGCAGAAAAUGCGUUCCUUAACCUACUUAUUGCACGUCCUUAUUCGCUUUGACACAAUCAAGGAUAAAUCUAACAGUUUAUUCAUUUUAGAUUUUAUUCCAAUGUCGUAAUUAGCAACUUAAAAUCAGAAAAUGAUUCGCUAUGCCAGAUCUGCUUAGAGUAUAGAUCCGAAUUCGGCUUCAUUUGAUGCCGCACAAUAAAAUUUUCAAUUAAUUACUUUAUACAUAAAUAUAUAGUAUAUUAGAAAACAUAGGUACAUAAAAAAAUAUUAUAUAGAGCGAAAUAUUAUAUUUGUAUGUUAAUGUUGUCUCGACAGUGCUCGACAUUUAAUUAAAACAAAAUUAGAAAGCUGAUAUUAAAUUUGGAAGAAAUUGGAGGACACGAUGUAAUGUGGAAAAUGCGUCUUUAUUUCUUCCCACUACCUCUACACUGCAUGUUUAAUAAUUAUAAAGGAAAAUUUAUUAAAUAAUACAUUUCGGGUAGCUAAAGAUUUAAAUAGCUGGUCUAGCUCGUAUUUCAACAAUAAAAUAGAAUAAAUAUUAAAAAACAAGAAAAUCUUUAAAGCCACAAGAAUAGAUAGACAUACACAAAUUGCUCAUUGAAAAUUAUGAAAUAGUUAAUUGCAAAUAGAAUAAUUAGCAGUACAGAAAGAGUAUGUAUGUAAUCUUUAUACAGAAGACUUUCACAUUACUGUUUUCAAAGUGUUACCUCAUAUUAAAUAAACUGUAUUUUCUUUAAAAAAAUUAUUUCAUGCAUUACCAUUAUCACUAAUAAUUGUUACUGUGUAAUAGUGUGUGGAAAGAAUAAUCAAUGUCACGAAAUUGUUCUCUUAUCUUAAUUUUUUUUUUGUCAUAAUUUUGACAGAUUUUUUGACACAAAAUUAAAUUUUUUAGAAUA